ACGAAGCGGUGCGGAUGGGGCUGCAGUGAUUGGCGAUGCUCGCGGCAGCAGGUCGUAUGGGGAGGAGAGGAGCACGACACGAGAGAGAGAGACAGAGAGAGUACGCUCAGGUGCUGGCACGAUGAUGAAGGCAGCCGAUGAAGGCAGCCGACGUGCUGCAUUACCAAGUCUGCGAUCGUGCACGUCGCCCAGUCGAUGGAGCCCCAUCGCCGCACUCUUUGCCCGCGCAGUGCGCUCGCUGACGCUUGCUCGCAGAACACCAUGCUGAUGGAGCGUCUCGCCGUACUGGAGCGGAGCGUCGAGCACAUUCCCUCCAACUUCGAGUUGCGUAGCAGGGCUCUAAAGUCGCGUGAGGAGGCGCGGACACUCGUGGCGGGCGUGGAGGACACGGUCGAGGAGCUGGCGGAGCGGGUGCGCGCGACUGGUGCGUGGAUCGUCUGCCUUUGACCCAGCGACACACACUUAUGCUCGUGCCUGCAGAGAGCCACCUGGCCGAUGCGCUGCGCUCUUCGCCUGUGUAUGCGCUCGCACGCGCACGCGCC